GCCCCGCCUCGGCCAUUUCUGCACCUACGAAUUGAAUUCGCAGGGGUCGUCUGUUUGUGCUCGCGGGGUGCGUUUCAGACGACGAUGAUUCACCGGUGGUGCUUCAAGCGCAUGCGUUCCUAAGUAAUAAGUGAUGGUCCGCGGUGCAGCUUUGAUAAGCUCUCGUGGCUCCCGUUGAGUGGGGAGCUCCUCGGGUUAGGGUGGAGUGGCGUGGCUUUUUGUGUCGCAUCUCGGAAGUUUGGUUGGAGCGGUGGCAAUGUUGCUUUGCAGGGUUUUGAGCUGAAGGGAACAGAGUAUUUGGAUUAGGAAUUGUUUGAACGCCAGAUAGCAACUGGAACGAUGGCGACGGCUCUGAUGACCUCUGGAAUUUGUUCUUGGAAUGUGAUAACUGGUCAAAUUUCGACGUCGAAGCCCCGACAUGCUCAAUCUCUCCGCCCUCGCGCGUCAUACUCCAUCAGCACCGGUGACUGGGAAGAAGAAAUUCCUGAUAUGCCUAGUACCUCAAGAAUCCCUGACCCUCCAAGGCCUCCUAAACUUUCAAGCCCUACUAGAAGCCCGAGGAAACGGCGCAAGCCGCCGAAGGAGAUCAAGCCUUAUGAAACGCAGUUGGAACUUCUUGCUCAGGUGAGGAAGAGGAAAGAGUUGGAAAUAAUGGGACGGGAUCAGCUUCCAGGUGAAUUUGUGAGUGCUGAUAGCAACGAAAAUGAGAAGACUUUCCCAUUUUGGAGGAAGAAAGAAUUCAAAUUGCGUGAGUUAACUCGUAGGAUUAUGGAGCUAAGCGCGCGGCGUCAGCUUGAUCUCGUUUUUGAGGAGUUAGAGGUUGCAAAGCAAGAGCAUGGCCAGCUGAAUCACAUCAUUAUGAAUGCAGCCGUGAUGGCGUGUGUUGCGUGUAAGGACAUUGACCGUGCUUUAGCUCUCUAUGAUGAAAUGGUGGAGCCCGGUGGUUGUGGCGUGGACAAUGUCACGUAUGGGACACUUUUGAAGGGUUUGGGGGAGGCACGACGGCUAGAUGAAGCUUUUGACCUUGUAGAAUUGUUAGAAUCAGGAAGAGCUCCGGGGCGACAUGUGGAGCUGACAGACGUUCAUCUCAAUACGUUGGUCAAUGCAUGCGCUCAUGCAGGGGAUGCACUUCGAGCCAGAGGUGUCCUUCUCCGAUAUAGAUCUUCAGUUAGGAAGACGGGCCUCACUACUCUUACGUUUAACUUGCUGAUUAAGGGCUAUUCACGAUCAGAUAAUCCACUUGAGGCGUUAAAGCUGAUGGAUGAGAUGCGCUCACACAAUCUACAGCCGCAGCGGGUGACUUUUAAUUCCCUUAUUUUAGCAUGUGUGCGUGGUGGUGAUCUCAGAAGAGCUUUGCAACUACUUUCAGCCAUGAAGGAGGAAGCUAAGAGAUUGAACACGUCAAGGCUGCUGCCGGAUGUUGUCACUUACACAACUCUCCUACGGGGGUUAGCAGAUGCAAAGGAUUUGCAAGGUAUAAUCGACAUGGUGGAAGAAAUGAAAAUAACUCCAACGUGUGUCUUAGAUCGAGUUGCCUACACUGCAAUUGUUGAUGCCUGCAUUGCAGCUGGAUCACCUCAACAAGGACGGAUAUAUAUGGAAGAGAUGCAAAACAGUGCAAAGCAAGAUCCGCAGCUGAAGCCACGAGCUCAUGUGUUCUUAACACUGAUGAGGGCAUUUGCUGAGAGGGGAGACUUGGAAUCAGUGGGAUCACUUCGGUCACGAAUGGUUGCUGAAGCAGGAGGUCACGUGUGGGCAGAAGAUCGUGCUGAGGCAGAUGAGCUUUACAUAGAAGCUGCUGUGAAUGCUGGCAAGUUAAAUGAAGCGAAACAAACAUUGAAAAAUAUGGUUGGUUUGAAGAAGGGAAUACCUCUGAGCAAGCGUGCCUACAUGGCUGUUGUUCGUCUGCAGGCCUUAACCAGGUUCAACGAGGAUAUUUUUAGCCCUUACAAGCUAAAGCCAGGAGUAUCACAACAUGACAUAGUAGAAAAUUUGAUGAUUCCUUUUGAGGAAAUUAGACCACUAUCAGUUGACGAUGUAAUUGGUACAGUAGCGAUUAGAUUCUUCGAUAGGAACUCCAUUCCUGUUAUCGACAAACGAGGCACUUGUGUUGGUGUUAUCUACGCAGCAGACUGCAACCAGUUGACUGCUCGUGUUGGAGACAUCAUGAGAGUUCCACCACCUUCAGUGACCGCUGCAACCCCAGUCAACAAAGCCAUCACCAUGCUCCUACAACCCAACACAACUUUGCUCACGGUCAUUAGUGACCGCACUGGAUACUACUCAAAUAAAGAUGACUCUCCAGGGGCACAAAUCUUAGGUUUCCUGUCACGAGAAGAGGCGUUCAGUGCUUUCCAAGCUCUACCUUUUUCAUUAUCAGCUGACGAGGAAGAGUAUAGCAAAGCUUCUGAAGGAGAAGCUCAAGCAUCUGAUUAAUUUUAAGUACCGAUGCCGUUGUGUCUUCAUCUCUUUGUAACGUUGAUUUUUUGACAGUAGCGUAGUAUAUUUGAGCUUCUCUUCUUGUUAAUAGGAUCUUUCUUCCAUCAUCAAUUUUAAUUAGUGCUUGCUAUCGAGGCUUACACCAA